AUGGACUCCACCUACGUGAAGCCAGAGCCCCAGGAAACGCACGGGAUCUCUCCUGCGAUCCCCUCGUUCGCUGAGAAGUUCGCGGCGCGUUUCAAUGAACUCAAACAGGAGCAGUCCAUCAGUAUGCCCUCUGCGAUUGAUACGGUGGCUUCCAGAGCCUCCGGAACUACGGAUGUGGUUGACGGUACCUUGUGGACAGGGCAAACCCCGUCCGUUUCAAGCUCUGCCCUCGAGGACACUCCUGGGCACGUGGAUCCACCACUCACCCCACAACCACCUGCAGAUAACUCUGUUUCAAAAAGAAAAAGACCUACUGUAGACCCUUGCAAAUGCACCUGCGCCGUCUCGCGGGAUUGCCCGAGGGCUGCGAGGGAUGGCGUGUUGGACUGUCGCAUUGCCCCAGGGCUUCCCAUCUCCAAACGUAAAAACAAACGUACAGGCCCAAAGCCUGCCCGCGAAUCGCAGACCUUCCGCUACAUCUCAAUGAAAGAAAGAGGCCGUCUCCAAAGAUCAGCCGAUGACGUUCUCUCGCUCCUGACGCUCUUCAAAAGCGCAUCCAUCGCCCCGGAAAUCGAGCGCCCUGGCAUCUUUAAACGAAUGCGAGGACGCGUCCAACAACUCCAAUUCUAUGACAUCGACACAGCUUUACCUUCUGUCCUUGAAAAAUUCAUGGACCCCACCACGGGCCUUCCAGCAAUUGUCCACAGUCCUAACAGCGCCGUCCCCUGGGACAUCAAAUCACCACGAUCCGCGACGGCGCGCACGGUGAGAUAG